AUGGAGGAUGCUUAUGGACUUGGAAAUACCCUAGCCGACCCUAAGGAUGCCAAAGUCGACAUUGUCUUUGUCCACGGUCUGAAUGGCAAUAGAGUCACGACUUGGACGUCUGAUCCUAGCGAUGAGAACCCAAUCUCUGUUUUCUGGCCUAGGGAUCUUCUUCCUUCCAAAUGUCCCAACGCUCGGAUUCUCUCGUUCGGCUACAACGCCUCGAUUGCCCAUUUCUAUCCCCUCUUUGGGCCAAAGCAUGUGCCCCCUACAACAACUAUUGAUAAUCAUUCUUCCGCUCUGUUCGAUGACUUGAUUGGUCUGAGAACUCGGACGAGUAGUACAGACCGGCCUCUCAUCUUCGUAGCCCAUAGCCUCGGCGGUAUUGUCUGUGCAAAUGCAGUCUCCAAACAGCUGGGUGUCGACGCAGCCAAGAAGGACCUGAUAGCGAAGGUGUGCGGGAUGAUCUUCCUAGGGACACCCUUUGCUGGUGCUAAGCAAGCGAGAUGGGCAGAGAUUGCAACUAAGCUGAUGUCUGUAAUUUCGACUACCAACGCGGACCUAAUCAAAGACCUGGAAGAGAGAUCCAAGGCUCUAGUCGAGAUCAACAACAAUUUUGCCCAGCUGAUCAAGGCGAGAGAUCGAACGCCCCCUUGGAUCGAGAUUGCCUGUUACUUCGAGGGACUGCCGACCUAUGUGAAGAAGAAGAGUAUAGGGUUCAUAGUAGACAAAGCCUCGGCUACGCUGCCGGGUAUCGCACCCGUCUCCAUUGAAAAGAAUCAUGCCAGCAUGCCUAAGUUUGACGGGGAAUACCGACCGGGAUUCAUUAGCAUCUCGGACAAGUUGUUCAGAUGGAUCCAGGAUCUUGAUCGAAAGGCUGCGGAAAAUCAGACGGCCGGCGGCGUAAACAUUGGCUCAACUAACUACCAUGCCCCUAUCUCCAAUAACCGGGGAGUUGUUACCGCUGCAAUCGUCAGUACCCAAAAGCACGGCUUGAGAGUGGUUGGGUCUCACAUUACAUACAACUACGGAGAGAAAAGGAACCAGUCCUCUUCAGACAGUGAUGAGGAUGAUACUCAAUGUUGA